CAUUUAGGGUCCACGUGGUUUGAGAGUUGAUAUGCUUUGUUCAAGUCAUUAGUUGGAACUAAAAAAAAGUCAGAAAAGUUAAAUUGUUGAACGCGGCACGUGUAUAACUACAACCAGUUAUAAGUCGAAAAUGUACCAGUUUGCUAGUUUCGACUAGCACUUUAACGCUGCAAUACUCUGUGUGUGCACACACAAGGUAGUCUGCCCCCAGCUGUGGGCAAGGAAAAUAAAUCUGGACGUGGGCGCUGUUAUCAAAAAUACGAACUUGCCACUACACAAGAUACAUUUGCCAUGGCAGAGCGGGUGCUGGUGAUUGGCAGUGGUGGGCGGGAACACGCCCUGGCAUGGAAGCUGGCACAGUCACCACACAUCCAGGAGGUCCUGGUUGCACCGGGGAAUGCUGGCACCGCCAACUGUGGAAAGAUCUCCAACUCUGAGGUGUCUGUGAGUAACCACUCUAUCCUGGCUCAGUUCUGUAAGGAGCAUAGUGUGGGGCUGGUGUUGGUAGGGCCCGAGGUGCCUCUGGCAGCAGGCAUGGUAGAUGACCUGCAAGCGGUGGGGGUCCAGUGUUUCGGCCCUUCGGCGAAGGCUGCCCAGCUGGAGGCCAGUAAGAGUUUCUCCAAGGCCUUUAUGGACCGUCACGGCAUCCCCACAGCCAACUGGUGCUCCUUCACCGACCCCCAGGAGGCCUGCAGCUACAUCCGCACGGCCAGUUUUCCUGCUCUGGUGGUGAAGGCCAGUGGCCUGGCUGCAGGGAAGGGUGUCAUUGUGGCCAAGGACCAGGAGGAGGCCUGCCAGGCUGUGCUGGACAUAAUGAAGGACAAAAUGUUCGGCUCUGCUGGGGAAACUGUGGUGGUGGAGGAACUGCUGGAGGGAGAAGAAGUGUCUUGUCUGUGUUUCAGUGAUGGCUGCACUGUGUCCCCCAUGCCCCCGGCCCAGGACCACAAACGCCUGCAGGACGGCGACCUGGGCCCCAACACCGGCGGCAUGGGGGCCUACUGCCCCACCCCUCAGGUGUCUCAGGAGCUUUUGCAGCAGAUCAGCGAGACUGUCCUGCAGAAGACUGUGGAUGGCAUGAAGGAGGAGGGUGCCCCCUAUGUGGGUGUGCUGUACGCUGGGCUGAUGUUGACCAAGCAGGGGCCAAAGGUCCUGGAGUUCAACUGUCGCUUCGGCGACCCAGAGUGUCAGGUGCUGAUGCCCUUGCUGAAGAGUGACCUGUAUGAGGUGCUCCAGAGCACCCUGCAGGGGAAGUUGGCAUCCAGCGCCCCUGUGUGGCACCAGGACAGCUCUGCAGUUACUGUGGUCAUGGCCAGCCCUGGCUACCCCGGCUCCUAUAAGAAAGGUGUCACAAUCACAGGUCUGUCUCAGGUGGAGGAGAUGGGGGUGCAUGUGUUUCACGCUGGCACGGCGCUGAAGGAAGGGGGUGUGGUCUCCAGCGGGGGGCGUGUCCUCACUGUCACCGCUGUUAGGUCGUCCCUGGAGAUGGCCCUGCAUGCAGCCAAUCGGGGCGUGGCCGCCGUGGGGUUCCUGGGAGCUGUGUACCGACGUGACAUCGGUCACCGAGCCAUCACCCACCUCACCCAGCACAGCAGAGGCCUAACCUAUAAGGACAGCGGAGUGGACAUCGCUGCGGGAAACCGGCUGGUAGACAUGAUCAAGCCAUUUGCCAAGGCCACCUCUCGCUCAGGGUGUAACGCUGAGCUCGGGGGCUUCGCCGGCCUCUUUGACCUCAAAGCUGCAGGCUUCAUCGACCCCAUCCUGGUGUCUGGGACAGACGGCGUAGGGACCAAGCUCAAGAUUGCUCAGGCAUGCCAGCAGCACAGCACCCUGGGACAGGACCUGGUGGCAAUGUGUGUCAACGACGUGCUGGCCCAGGGGGCGGAGCCUCUCUUCUUCCUGGACUACUUUUCCUGUGGCCGUCUGGAUGUGGGCGUGGCCUCCGCUGUGAUUGGGGGCGUGGCCGAGGCCUGCGGGUUGGCGGGCUGCGCUCUGCUGGGCGGCGAGACUGCGGAGAUGCCCGGUGUGUACGGCCCCGGAGAGUACGACCUGGCAGGGUUCUGUGUGGGGGCGGUGGAGAGGGGCGCCUUGCUACCCAGGCUGGGGGACAUCUGCGACGGGGACCUGCUCAUCGGGGUGGCCGCCUCAGGGGUGCAUAGCAACGGAUUCAGCCUGGUCCAGAAGGUCCUGGAGAGGGCAGGAGUCACCUACAGCUCUCCUGCACCUUUUGGGAAACCUGGACAAACUGUGGGUGAGGUUCUCCUGACGCCCACUAAGAUCUACAGCCGCCUGCUCCUGCCAAUCCUGCGCAGCGGCGCCAUCAAGGGCUAUGCCCACAUCACUGGGGGCGGCCUAUUGGAGAACAUCCCCCGAAUGCUGCCUCAGGAACUGUCCGUUGACCUGGACGCAUCCCGUUGGAUCAUCCCCCCUGUGUUCUCGUGGCUCCAGGAGGAGGGGGGCUUGUGCGAGGAGGAGAUGGGGCGCACCUUCAACUGUGGCCUUGGGGCUGUGCUGGUGGUGGCCUUUCCGGACGCCCAGAGGGUUCUGAGGCAGCUCCAAGCCCACGAGGAUGCGUGGAUCGUGGGCUCGUUGGCCCACAAGCAGCCUGGGGCCGAGCCGGUGGUGAUCAGGAACCUGAAGCACAGCCUGCGUUUAGGCCCCUCUCCCUGCGUAGUAGACCAGGGGCCCAUGCAGAACGGAGGGUCUCAAGGGGAUAACAGCAGCACCGUCCCCCGCAAGAGGACCAGGGUGGGCGUCCUCAUCUCAGGCACAGGCACCAACCUGCAGGCACUGAUGGAGCAGGCAAAGAGAACGUCCAGCUCAGCAGAAAUCGUGGUGGUAAUCUCCAACCGGCCGGGGGUCUUGGGCCUCAAAAGAGCCUCUCUGGCCGGCAUUCAGACACGGGUGGUUGACCAUAAGCUGUAUGGUAGCCGGGCAGAGUUUGACGGCACCAUUGACCGCGUGCUGGAGGAAUUUGACGUGGAGGUGGUGUGUCUCGCUGGCUUCAUGAGGAUCCUCACGGGGUCCUUCGUCAGAAAAUGGAAAGGAAAACUGCUUAACAUCCAUCCAUCCCUGCUGCCCUCCUUCAAGGGGGUGAAUGCCCAGAAGCAGGCUCUGCAGGCGGGGGCACGGGUCACCGGCUGCACCGUCCACUUUGUGGCUGAAGAGGUUGAUGCCGGGGCCAUCAUUGCUCAGGAGGCAGUGCCUGUGUUGAUGAAUGAUACUGAGGAGAGCCUAUCAGAUCGCAUCCGGGAGGCGGAGCACCGGGCCUUCCCUGCCGCCCUGGAGCUGGUGGCCGGGGGUGGCGUGAGCCUGGGGGAUGACGGACGCAUCUUCUGGAACCCAAACGCACAGGGCUAAACCUCACCACACUACCACCACACCCUGGCCCCCAUCCCCAAAAUACCUUACCCCCUUACCUCAGAAUACAUUGGUCCCUACUUAAAAGCAGUGGCUCUACUGACCUGUGUAGUAAAUGGAUUGCCUUAGUGUAAGCAAUGUCUCCCAAAAAUCAAACUCUUAUUGUUUAUAAUAGAUAUUUGGUCAAAACAACGAGGCUAUAAUGGAAUUCUUCAAAGACCCUCCCUCAUCUCUGGUAGCCACAAACUGGUUUAUUCCAGAUACAUUCCUUGUGCCAUUGCUACAAUGUCGAAAUAACUCAUUCCCUUUGCGCACAUUCCAUUGGUACUAUUAUGUAAGAAUGUUACAGUAGUACUUGAACUAUGAUUUUCGGUAUAUCCUCGAGACAUUGUGUCAAUCUAUAUUGUUUGCUAUGCCAGCUGGGCAAGUCGUUGUAGUAUGAUUAUCAUGAAGUGAGUCAAGGUUGUUCUCUGCAUAUACUUAGCGACAAUGCCCAAACUGCUAUUUCUGCCUGCCCUUGCAUUAAACUUGCACUGUUGAACAACUUUC